UUGAGUUUCAACACAGUGUGGGUCGGUUAGUGCAAUUCGACAAUGACGCAGGUGAUCCGGCUGACGAUGGUGCCGUCCCCGGUGGCGGUUGCUCUGCUCGUGAUGCUGUGCGGGUGCGUUUCGCAGGCGGCUGGUUACGGCCCUGGUGGAUGGGACAAAGGUCACGCAACGUACUAUGGGGAAGGGGAUGCACGCGGCACCAUGGGAGGUGCUUGCGGGUAUAGUAAUUUAUACAGUACCGGUUACGGUGUCAACACUGCUGCUCUGAGUGGGCCGCUAUUCAACGGUGGAGCCACUUGCGGAGCAUGCUACGAGCUGACCUGCAUUCUCAACGAAUCCAAAUGGUGCUACAGAGGCAAGAAUAUUAUAGUCACGGCCACCAACUUCUGUCCCUCGGGAUCCACGGGAGGGUGGUGCAACCCACCCCAGAAGCACUUUGACCUAUCCGAGCCCAUGUUCACCACACUUGCUAACAGAGUCGGAGGCGUCAUUCCUGUCAACUUUCGAAGGGUGGCGUGUUACAAGCAAGGAGGGAUGCGCUUCACCAUCAACGGAAACCCCUACUUUUUUAUCGUGCUCGUUUACAACGUAGCGGGCGCUGGCGACGUGCAACAGGUGUAUAUCAAGGGCCCCAAGACGCAAUGGUUGCAAAUGUACCGCAACUGGGGGUCUCAGUGGACAUUCAAUGGGGGGCCCAAUAACAUAGUCGGGAGUGCGCUCUCCUUCCGAGUUCAUACCAGCGACGGCCGCCAAGUGAUCUCCUACAACGCGGCCCCAGCGAACUGGUGGUUCGGCCAAACUUUCAGCAGUGGCGCUAAUUAGAUGCGGUUCGGCCAAGCUUUUCAUCGAUGCAGCUGCAGAGAUAUCGUAGAUUUGGCCUCCGUCAAUCACUCAUCUCUGUUGUGUAGACUAAGCAGUGGCGUGGUUUUUUCGCAUCCGCCCGCUCCAGCUCCAAGCCAUCCCUAUCCUACUUGUUGUGAUAUCAGCGUCCUGAAUAACAUUGCAAUGUCGUCGCCAGCCAUGACGAACUGAUUGCAAGCAUAGGAAACCUCUUAGACAGACAGAGAUAUAUCUAUAUAUAUAUAUAUAUAUAUAUAUAUAAUGACGUCUUACUAGUGCUCACUCCACCUCUUAAGGUUGCAGAGGUGUCGUGCACCAGUUGCACCACCCGCUCCUCUCUUCUGUACCAUCUCCGACGGAGAAAAAACGAAACAAAGGAAAACAACGGGAAAAAUAUUUUAAAAAAAAACAUUAAAAUAAAUA